AUGGAUUUAGAGACCGAGAAUCGCCUUGCCACUAUGCUGAUGGAAGAAGCUAGACGCUUGCGACUUCAGGCAGAUAAAGAAGGUGUCGGGGUUUACCUCCACCAACCAAAAGUGAGAGGCCGCCCAAACUCCCGUUUUCUGACUGCUACUGUUGUUGGGGUGCAGCAAGGUGAAUACUGGUUUCGUUUCAACCAUUUUUUGUUAAUCUUACUGUAAAUUGCAAAACCAAAGGGCGAUAGUUGUUCUUCAGAGAUGGGACAAUAUUCUUGGCAGACGUCUCUAAGUGAGUGAAAAGAGUUUGCCUGGAGCGUACAAUUUUGCAUGCUCUCACUAAGGAAAUGAUCAUCAUACUCUAACCAAGAGUAGGGUUAAUUUACUUUUCUAAAUUUCUCCUUUAUCUUCUCCCUUCUUCUACCAUCUUGUUGGAGGAGGGGCGGAUCUUAUCUUUUUACAUCAUCUUUUGUUUGUCCUAGUCGCUUCUCUUCCUCCCCUGUUUGCUACACUGUCAGUUUUCCUAGUCAUUGGGGAGUUUCUAGAGUUGCUUGUUAACCCUGAAAAUUUUAUUUUCCCGUUUGUGAUUAUAGAAAUUUAUUUUCAUUUUUGUACAGCUUCCUUGGCUAAUUUGUCGUGUCAAUGGUUGAUUAUGUCUAGCUAAUCGAGCCGUGGAGGUCAACGAGAUGUGGCGUGCUCGGGAGAAGGAGCUAGAGCUGGACAGCAGGUUAUCCCACCGGGAUAGAAGAGAGAGGCACCAGUCUGAUCAAUCGAAGGAGAGUCCGAGUUCAAGAAAUGCACCUUCAUCAAGCAAGCACAAGCGCACAGAUUUCCUACCCAAUGAGAAUGAUGGCCUAAGAGACGAAGAGGUUGAAGAAUUUCUUCAAUCAAGGUCAGUUGGCGUGUUCUAAAAUCCCUAAAUACUUGUUCUUAGCUCUGCAGAUUAGCGGCACAGAACUCCAUUGUGAAGGUUCUUUAGCCUAAAGUCGUGUGUCAUAGUUUCAGAUAUGAUAUAAACGAGAUACCUCAGACCACUGCUCAUAAUGUGGCAAUUCAUUGAAAGAUAAUCAUACUUAGGAGAAAACCCUCUACGCCGUAGAUCUUUACUACUGCUUAUUUGCUUGCUCGUUCGGAAUUAUCGCUCCAAAAAUCGACAACCACUGGGAUAUCAAUUACAUGUUCUAUACCUUUGGUUGUUUAUGGCAAAAGGUUUAUUAUUCAUGGGUAUGUUGUUAUUUGACAGGAUGAAGAGGGGCAGAGGUGCUGUAGGAUCUAGGAUGGACGAACCUGGUCCUUACCCUGUUUGCACCCCUUCUAGCCCCAACGAGAAGAUUCUCCCAAGCCACGAAGUGAGUCCUCUAGAAGAGUCACGAAGGCGGCGAGUUCUUGGUCCGGAGAAGCCGGCCUCCUUUCUUCCCCUUCGCAAGCAGCUCAAGGAAGCCUCCUCCUCUCGUAGAGAUUCUACCAAGGUCGACGAUGAUUCCCGGUCAAAGCGGCGGCGGCGGUGCUCGGAGGAUGUGGAGUGCAGAUCAGAGGAAUCCCGAGAUCGGAGGAAGAAGGACAAGAAGCAAAGGCACCGCCGCCGGAGCCGAUGA